AUGCCUCGUGUUCACGUGCUCCUACCGCUUGCCUCGAUGCUGGUGACCACUGCUCUGGCAGCAAACGGUUCGAAUGAAACAGCAGACGUUUCACUACAAACAACUUAUCCUGGUGACCAGGGUGCUCAUUCACAGCUGGAUUCCAGGAGCAACGGUAGCCCCUUAGACACGCGUCGGCGCGACGCGACUGCUGUAGUUAUCCUUUCGGCUGUGGUAGUUGCGGUCUUCGUCGUUAUGCACAAGCUCACUGCUGUGGACGCCACGAAGCAGAGCUUCACUGAAGACUCUUCCGAGCAGCCUCGAGCAGGAGAUCAACAAGCCACCGCUGCAGUGCAGUUGCGUUUGGGGGGCAUCAGCCUACUGCGGCUAGAAGGAUGA